GGACUCUUGAUAUCGACUGCAAACCGGACUGCCUCCAACUCCAGCUUCUGGCAAACACACGCGGCGCUACAUGGUCUCCUGAAUAUUACUGGAUACCGAGCCGCGAACACAUGCGACGUCAGCUAUCCAUCAGCAUACAGCAGCACCUUCGAAGACCACUCCAACUCCCCCGCCUCCCCUCCCCCACGAAGGACGAGCCACCACCUUUGUUAUAGAAACCCCAGAGCAGACCGCUUUAGCUCGAGGAUUAUCAGAUACUCUCUGCAUUGGCGACAAUGAAUCGAUACGGCAGAGGCCCAACUAUUGGCGGGCCGUCCAAAGCGACUGCUUCUACCACUUGCCAGAAGUGUCUUAAGAAAGGGCAUUACAGCUACGAAUGUAAAACCGUUAUUCAAGAGCGACCCUAUGUUUCCCGACCCUCGAGAACUCAGCAGCUAUUGAAUCCUAAGCUUGCUCCCAAGUUGACAAGUGAUGUUCCACAAGACCUUUUGAGAAAGAAAGGUGUUGCAGAUGAACAACUUGCAAGACUAGAGCAGGAAAGGGGUCGAAAGCGUGACCGGCAGAGUGAGGAUCCGGAAAUCAGGGGUGCUUCUAAGAGGAUGCGGUCAACUUCAACAACAUCAUCAGUUUCCGUCUCGACUAUAUCCACGAGUAUAUCACGUUCGCCAUCCCCUCGACCGUCUGUCAGGAAUUCCACUGCCGACAAGGCCUAUUCCGCAAACCGGUCACACUCACCUCCUACCCGAGUUACUGGUCACAGACGGAGGCCUUCUGCAAGUACGUCACGAUCACCUCCACCACGGCAGCAUCUCAGAGACUCUGAGAGAAAACGGAGGAGGGAUUCUUAUUCUUCUGUUGACUCGUACACCUCCGAGGAUGGAAGAAGCAAUACGUGGAAUUCAAGAGAGAGGCCGAGAAGUCGAAGUACCCAAGGAAAGUCCAGACAAGUUAGCCCGCCCGCACGAGGUAGAAGAGCCGAUAGUAGAAGCCCUCAUAGAGGCAGGAGAAGACUGUCAAAUGAUCGUCGACGCCUGACUGAUCGGGAGAAGCCCCAUUUUAGCAAUGACGGACCCCCUCCACGCAACGAGCUUAAGGAAAACAGAGACCCUCCACGAGAGAGAAGCUUGAGUCCUUUCAGCAAGAGGCUGGCUUUGACACAGGCAAUGAAUAUGGGCAGAUGAUGUAUUGGAUAUAGCUACCAGUAGAGGCUUAGGCCCUGUUGGUAUCAAGGUUUACUGGACGCGAUGUCCAUAGGAUCAACGGAGCAGGUAGCGAUUUGCUAGUAUGAUGAAGACUGAAGCCUUUCUGAGAUGGAAGGUAGCCUUACAUAGGCAAGAAAUCUUGGUUUGUGAGGUAGCGGAUUACAGUUGUAUAAUAAGCAGGAUUAUAUUCCCUUGGCUGGCUAGGCAGAAUUAUGUAUCCUCAAUGGAACGCCAGACUCCCAAUGCUACCCUAUUCCGUGGCACGCC